GUUGGGCACGGAGGAAGCAAAACAUGCCGUUGGGUUAUGCGCGCUUGAUUCAGUUGUGAGCUAAUGUCCAUGGUCAACCGCUUCUAGUGUCUCCGACCAAAAACAUUAAGUUAAACGUCCAGAACGCGGUAAAGUGAAAGAGAUGGCCGCAGACCGCGAUGAGGUGGAAACCAUUGUGAGCUCCAUCCUUGCAAGCCAGAAGAACGGUCUGCCCUUGCAAGCCUUAGACGAUGAGUACCGGGAAAACGUUGGAACAUGUAUACCAUACCAGGAGCUUGGAUAUGAUACCUUGGUCGAGUUUCUGGAAAGUGGUCCCCAGGUAGUUUCCUUGCAGAGGGCCCCAGAUGGAGAAAUUGUUGCACGUGCGGCCUACAAUGCCUUGACAGCCCAUGUGACGAAAAUGGUGGCAGAGCAGAAGCCAGGCCCAGUCAGAGCACGCCGGCAGCUUGUGCAGCGACCAUUCCACAGGAAUGUUCAUCCUUACCAGAAGGCGAAUCGCACCGGCGGUGUGGCCUCGGGACCAGCAGCUGCAGGCCGCGCUCAGGCGCAAACGGAUUUCCGUGCUCCCAGGAGGAAACCACUGAUCGCACUUCCUGGAAAUGUUGAGAGGUUUCGCAAUCGACGGCAUUGGAGCAGACCUCGAGCCAAUCAGAAAGCUCUGAGCCUGAAGCUCCCCAUGGCUGUAAAGUGGACGUAUGAAGACGGUCAUCAUAACAGCACUAGGGAUGACAGGGAUGUUACCGGUGAUAGCCAGCAGCCACAGCAAAAAAAAGAUUGGCGUGCCUCAAACGUGAUGGCGUGGACGUCCUUCCUAUCUGCGGCUGGUGUGAUCCACCAGAGGGCAGCCGUGUACGCCAAGCUUCUGAUGUGGCAUGGAGCGACACCAAGCAGCAUGUGGCUUUUCACAGGCCAGGACAUUUUUCAGAUGGGCAUCUGCGAUUACCGUGACAUUCGCAUGAUCCAAGAGCACGCCCAUCUGCUCCAUGCCAUGCACCGGUCUUCGGCAAUGGCUGAAGAUCGUCUGGGUAUGUCGGGAUACCCUGUUGCAUUUGAUGUAGCCUCUGCACAACAAGAUGGCUUCUCGAGGAUUGGGGCAUAACACGAGGCGUCCGCAACAGAAGAUGGGUUCGUGCCAAUGACCACCAUGAUCAGUCAGGCUUCAUUACGACUUCUCUGAACUUGAGGUCUGCCGCUGGAGAGUCUUCAGUCAAACAAAGGCUUGGGUGGCAUUAUUGAAGAUUCGACACGUGUGUAGUAGUGAUGCUCCAUGUCACCCGUCAAAAACUGCCGGACGCUCUUAUUGGGAAGGUGUGGGGAUCGAACUGCGAUUCCCUGUUUUCUAUCAAAGAUCGAUUGUUGCUUGUUCUUGUGCUUUAUCUUUGACAGGUGAAAAACAGUCAAAUAUAAAUGGCAGCGGCAUGGCAUAUUAGGUGCGUACCUGAUGUUAUGUGUGAUUUUUGCGUCUUCAAUUUUCUUUGAGCUGUUCCAGUGUUAAUAAUAUUAAUGCAUGAUCAACUUUACCACUGACCAAAGUACAAACACCAAAGUGCCAAUAGAUUUAAGACUCCUGAAACUGUGAAUAAACCACUUGUACACUAUUCAAGAUCAUUGCAUGGUACAAUAAUCUGGCAAGACUCAAAUGUCUGGUUUUAUGUUCUUGUUCUCCCUUUGUUAUUGUUUUUCCAAGCCCAGGAAAAAUUGUUUUAGAAUAAUUUGAGGACAGUGUUUGCUUAGAGCUGCUUUGGUAAAGUACUGAUGAAAAACUUUAUAGAUCAGAUAACUUGUGAGGUAGAUCGAUGUGGGCAUGUGUCAUCCAGAAAAUAUCAACAAUGAAUGUAACCUAAACAUAUGUAGGUCAACCAUUAGGUGUAUCCCAUACAGCUGAGCAUAAAAUGAAGCAUUUAGUGUCACUGACAUUGUUGUAGCAAUGUUUUAAUGUGGUCGUAAAAGUUCUGUGUUAGUACUUUUUAAUUUAAAAUCACUCGAAGAAAACGUUUCCAGGACACUAACAUGAUAUAAAUCUGAGCAACUGAUACUUUCUCUGGGUGGCAUUGUCAUGUUACGCAUGUAUGUAUGUGGCUAAACUGAAUUACAAUUUGUGUGCACUGUGGUAGUUCCUAAUCUUCACUGUUCUGCCAUCAUUCCCCAAAUCAUUUCAUUUGUCUCGCAGCCUUGUUUAUUGUGUAAAUAAUUAUAUUGAUUUGAUGCGGCCAGUUGUAGAAUUCUGGCCACCUUGUAAUGGCAACUUUGUUUGUAUGGUAAAGCACAUCCAUGCUUCGUUCAGCUCUUGGUGUGAUCGGUGGCUAGCAAACAUGACAUAAAUGGAUAGCAUGUGAAACCAUUGCUCUUGUCAAAUCUAGGAAACUGCUUUCAUGUCUGUAGUGGUCUGUGUAUUUCAUUCUCCCGUUAAUAUUCUGGCUGCAUAUUUCAACAAUGCUUGCAGUAAUCCUGUUACUUUGUUCAGCACCUUAUUGCAUGCAAUUUAUAUUUUUUUUUAUGAAAGAAACUGUAUAGGACACCUGCAAACAGAAUUAUCAGAUUUUUAUGGAGCCCAUCAUGAGUUUUGCUCCUUUUUUUUGUAGCCUAAAUGUGUAAAGCUGUGACCCUGUACUUUAUUGUAGCUCAUUCUAUAGUAUAGCAGCAUUGAGUAGCCACAAUUCAGCAUGCAAGGUGUUUAUAAUUCACAACGCAAUUUAUACCCUCCAGCAUGUACGUUGCUUUAGUGUUGCUGCUGCUCUUUCAGGCUAAAAAAACGAAGGAUGUCUAAUGUAAAUAUUGAAAGAUUAUUGGGAUUUUGCUUCGUGAAGAGCAGGGGCUUCUAUUGUCCCAGGUUUUUUUUCCAGACUGCACUCAUUUAUUUGGUGCCAUUUGUUUUAUCCAGAAAGCAACUAAACAGUAAUCGAUUUCAUUUUAAUGCAUGUUCAAAGAUCUCUGGCCGAAAAAGUUUUGUUUACAACUUUUUUACAAUUAUUUGCACUUCAGUGUCUGGUUACCCUUGAAAAAUUGAAUCGUAAAUGCUCUAACGCAUCGUGUAAUUAACGCUAGCAUGGUGAAUUCGGAGCAAUAUUGUGUCAGUAUUAAAUGCCGCCUAAAUAUCGUAAGAAACAAGCAUCCCACAGUGGGAAGUGCCUGAUGCCUGAGACAGUGUGCGUUCAA